AGUUUCCCACGUGACAACACGUGGGUAGAGUUUCUUACAUGUGGGCGUUCCUAGCCACACCCACAUUACACAUGGCUGCAACUAGUGAGUCUGCUAAGCCUGACGAGGAGGUCCAGGAGCUUGUGGCUAUACUGGACGCUGGAGCUCAAUAUGGAAAGGUGAUCGAUAGAAGAGUCAGAGAAUUGAAUGUGAACACCAUAAUCUUCCCACUAGAGACAUCAGCUGAAGAACUGUACCACAACAACCUCAAGGCACUAAUCAUUAGUGGGAGCGGUAACAGUGUAAAUGACUCCUCCCCUAUCCAUUAUGAUCCAAACAUAUUCUCACUGGGCGUUCCCAUCCUUGGGAUUUGCUACGGUUUCCACACGAUCAUCAAGCAUUAUGGUGGGGAGGUCUCGAAGGGGAUGAUGAGAGAGGACGGUCAGUUUGAAGUGAUCCUUGAGACUGAUAAUAAUUCGUUAUUCGAAUCAAUGGAGAGGAAUCAACAGGUCCUAUUAACACAUGGAGACUCUGUGAAAACGGUUCCGGAUUGUUUAAAGGCAAUAGGUUGGUCUGGUGAGCUCAUAACAGCUGUACAUCACAUAACUGACCCUGUGUAUGGCGUCCAGUUUCAUCCUGAGGUCGAUCUCACGAUAAAUGGCAGACAAAUUCUUAAAAACUUUCUUUAUCAGAUCAGUGGCUGUCAUGGUUCUUAUCAUCUCUCAAGUCGUGAGGCGUCUUGUCUCGAAUACAUUCGAGACAAAGUCGGGGAGGGGCAUGUCUUGUCACUCGUCAGCGGUGGUGUGGACAGUACUGUUAGUACAGCACUUAUAUCAAAAGCGUUGGGCCCAAAUAAAGUGACUGCCGUACAUAUUGAUAAUGGAUUCUUAAGGAAGAACGAGAUUGAGCAAGUUGUAGCAUCACUGGCACGACUAGGCAUUUCAGCCCAAGUAAUAAGAGCUUCUCUUAGAUUCAGUUCUGCCUCCACCAUAAUGAACUACAGGGACAAAGACGGGAGCAUUUUCAGACAGGCCACGCCUCUCCUUAACACUGUCAUAAACCCGGAGGAAAAGCGUCACAUUAUCGGAGACGCUUUUGUCACCCUUGCCUCUUCAAUGCUUAAAGAGCUGGACUCAAAAGGAAAGAGACCUAUAUUCCUUGCUCAAGGUACUCUACGGCCUGAUCUUAUAGAAUCGGCUUCUUCCCUAGUGAGCGCUAAUGCUCACGUCAUCAAGACUCAUCAUAAUGACUCGCCUCUUGUCCGAGAGCUAAGGAAACAAGGACUCGUGCUAGAGCCACUCAGCGACUUUCAUAAAGAUGAAGUACGACAGCUCGGACUCUCACUAGAUAUUCCAGAGAGUAUAGUAAACAGGCAUCCUUUUCCAGGCCCUGGGUUAGCCAUUAGAAUCAUAUGUCAGGAAGAGGCUAUUAUUAGAGAAGAUUUCUCAACCAUCAACUCCAUUUUGAAUACAAUAGCCACUUAUGCACAGUGCCUAGAAAAGCCUAGUUCUGUGUUGCAGUUCCUGUCAAUGAUACAAGACUGCACUAGCUCGAAUGAUCAGGCUUUCCUCUCAGAGCUCUCAGCUUCACUGACUUACUUCAUCACUUUAUUACCAAUAUACACUGUUGGAGUACAGGGUGACUCCAGAUCAUAUAGUUAUGCUGCUGUCAUUUCAUCUGAUGACGAAAGCAAAUUCAGUUGGAAGGACAGAAUGAAACUAGCCAAACUAUUACCUAAAAUACUCCACACUAUUAACAGAGUUGUAUGGGGUUUUGGAAAGGCCAUAUACGGGCCGGUCUGUGACGUCACUCCCACUCAUUUGACAACUGGGAUUAUAGCAACACUAAGAGAGGCUGAUCACCAAGCCCAUAGCGUCCUUGCAUCACAUGGUUUAAUGGGGUCUAUCAGUCAGAUGCCUGUAGUACUAAUCCCGAUUCAUUUUGAUCGUAACUAUCAAGAGAUUGCUGCCUUCCCCUCGUGUCAGCGCUCAGUUGUAUUGAGACCUUUCGUCACUUGCGACUUCAUGACUGGAGUACCAGCCAUGCCUGGGGAACACAUACCACUACAGGUGUUAGAUGAAAUGGUGGCUGCCAUAAAGCAGGUCCCAGGCUUAUCUCGUGUUCUGUAUAAUCUCACUCCCAAACCGCCUGGAACCACAGAAUGGGAAUGAGUCCCAUACCAAUACCCUCGCUAGUGUAUUAUAAUUGACAAUUAUAUAGAAUUAAAUUAUUAGAGUUUAAAUUAUAAAUUAUACGCCCUCAUUUCUCUUUGAGAUAGUAACUCCA